CACUGUCCAAUCAAACGGAGAGAAAUUAUCACUCUUCCCUGUUAGGUUAUACUUUCGGCACAGCACACUGCCGAGAAGUGACUAUGUGGAUUCUCUGGACAUGUUCAUGUAUGGUCUCAUGUCUGGCUCUGAACCAGGAAGGCCUCAAUGACCUGGGUAAAAAUCUUCAGAUUCAAUGGCUAAUCAAGGACAACACUCAGACAGAGACAAGAUCAUUUGCCGAAAUAACUCUUUCCAACAAUGGCAAUACAACAAUCACUAAAGACGGUGACUGGCGAAUUCAUCUCGACACCAUCUUCAUGUUAGAACCGGACUAUCUGCCCCGACCUGGGGGGUAUGAACUUCCAGGUCAAGGAAUCAGGAUCCAUCAUCUUGUAGGGACACAGUUCACCAUCGCAGCGACGGACAGUUUCUUUGAUAUGCAUCCUGGCACAAGCAGGAAGAUAAAGCUGCAAAUCAUCUUCUGGAUGGCAGCUAAGACUGACGCGAUGCCCAACUGGUUCAUCGUUGCACCAGGACUUGUUCCCCAAGUUCUGGUGAGCACUGCUGGAGAGACCCUGGACUUUGUUCAGCCAAUUACGCUGCCACAGCAAGUUAAGAGAUACAACUAUGAUCGUUUUGCACCAUUUUCUCUAGAGGAAAGGUACAAUCGGUUUGCUGUGGAUGAUCUACCCGACAGUGGAGAGAUCCGCAUCAUCCCCAAACCGAUGGAGAUGACAUUGGACAAGCGCCACAGCUUCCAGAUGGAUGUGUCUAAUGUUACUGUUGAUGCACAAAGUGGGUUAGGAACAGAGGAACAUAUCUUGGAGCAAGCAUUAAGAUCUAUUCGUCGCAUACCCGGUACAACAGCCACCACAUCGAUUAAAUUACGGAUAGGGAGCGUAAACUUAAAAAGUACAAGCCCCUACCACAUGGACGACGCUUACAGCGUAGAGAUCAACCCGACGACGUCUACCGUGACUAUUAUCGGAUUUCAACCAUCCGGAGUGCUGUAUGGAAUUCAGACAUUAUUACAGCUGAUACGUGAGGCGAACGGCAAGCUCUUCACGACGCAUAUCAGCGAUGCUCCUCGUUAUGGAUACCGUGGUCUUUUCCUGGAUGCAGGACGGAAUUUCUACCCGAAGGAUGAUGUCAUUAGUCUGAUUGACAAAAUGGCGUCCUACAAGUUGAACAAGUUUCACUUCCAUCUGACGGAUGACGAGGGAUGGAGACUAGAAAUACCAGGACUUGAGGAGUUGACAGAGUUCGGCUCUCAGCGAUGUUUCGACCCAAGCGGUACAAAAUGCCUACCACCCCAACUGGGUUCAGGUCCAACAAACCAAACCUCGGGAUCUGGGUUUUACUCUGUGUCAGAUUACCGGGAAAUUCUACGCUUUGCCACAGAACGACAUAUUGAGAUAAUCCCAGAGUUUGACCUCCCUGGACAUGCGCGCGCCGCCGUUCAGUCGAUGGAACUGAGGUAUGACCGCCUGAAGAUAUCAGGCAAUGAAACUGAGGCAUUAAAGUAUCGACUAGUUGAAGAUGGAAUCAAAGAUUGGUCAAAGUACUUGGCGAUUCAGAUGUUUACUGAUAAUGCAGUGAAUCCCUGCAUUGAAUCUACCUACAGCUUCAUUAAUCACGUGAUGGAAGAAUUAGCCAAAAUGCAUCAGGAUAUUCAGCCUUUGAAGAUUUUCAAUUUUGGAGGUGACGAGGUGGCAGAGGGCGCUUGGGACAAUUCCACCGCCUGCAGACAGGUAUCCAACUCCUCUGUUGUCAGUGUAUCCAAAGUCAAGGAGUAUUUCUUCAGAAAGGUGGUGGGACUCGGGUCAAGACGAAACCUGGACAUUGCAGCCUGGGAAGAUGGUUUGCUGCAAGAGGUGAGCGGCUUUGUAAUGACUAACACUCCUGACCAGCCGGCUGGCUACAAAGCGUUCAGCUUAAACGGAAGUCGCGAUGUGUACGCCUAUGUCUACCAGAAUAUAUGGGAAUGGGGAAAUGCAGGUCGGGCCUAUAACCUGGCUAACUAUGGUUAUAAGGUGGUGAUGUGUCCGGCAACUCUCCUCAACUUUGACUUCCCUUAUGAACCUGAUCCUAAUGAACGCGGAUACUACUGGGCGACAAGGUACAUCGACACCAGGAAAACCUUCAGCUUCAUGCCAGAAAACUUGUAUGGAAACAUAGACACUCAGCGUUCUGGAGAACCCAUUAGUCGUGAGCAGACCUGUGGAAGCAACAGUGAGAAGUGUCCUGCUUUGCUCAAACCAGGCAAUAUUGUUGGAAUCCAAGGGCAACUUUGGUCCGACACAUUACGUAGCACAGAAGAUAUGCACAUGAGAGCCUUUCCUCGGAUGUUGUCGUUGGCUGAGAGGGCGUGGCAUAAAGCUGACUGGGAAUCCAUGGACAACUCUACCACACGCGAUCAAAUCCGAGACGGAGACUGGUCAAGUUUUGUGAAAGCUGUUGGGUUGCGAGAACUUCCUUGGUUGGAGUCAGAGGGCAUCGGCUAUCGUGUUGCGCCACCUGGUGCAAGAGUUGUUGGUGGAAUGCUGGUGCCGAUUACCGAGUUUCCAGGACUACAAGUACAGCAUCAGGACGAGCAUGGUAACUGGAUUGAUAUCAUCACCAACUCAAGCAUUGACAGGCCUAUACGAACAAGAACAGCUGACGGAAAACGUUACAGUCGAGAUGUCAGAUACGAUGCGUCUCCGCCCUACAUAGCACAACCAAGCCUUGACAGAAUUGCCAGUAGUCUAGUUGUCAACUUUACUGUUGUUGACAAUCUCAACGAUGGAUGUACCUCCUACAAGGCGCAGAUAACCCUCACCAACAAUGGAACCGUUCCCAUAGAAUCAGGGAACUGGGGAAUCUACUUCAACAGCGAGACUGCCAUUCGAAACAUAGACUCUGGCAUGACUGCUGAAGUGUUCAACGAAGGGUUCUUUGUUAUCAAACCCCAGAAAAACUUUAAACCCCUGAAGCCAAAUGAAAAACGAGAUCUGAAUUGUGAAUUUGAUCAUUGGUCCGUCUCAAAGUACGACCAGAUGCCUAACUGGUUUGUUGCUGCAGAAGGUUUGGAACCCAGGAUAUUACCAAAUACUGUUGGUGAAAAUCUUGACUUCGUGAGUACUUUUGAUACUCCGAACAAAUGGAAACGAUGUUAUUCAAUUACAUCUGGUUUGGUUGAAGUAUAUAAACCAUUUUCGCCAGAGGAGAGAUUUGACCAUAAUCCUAAUCCUACCAGUAAAGCCUACUCUCCUAAGACCCUGAUCCCAACGCCAGUGUCCUUGACAUCUGUGAAGAAGGAUGGCAUGACUAUUAUUUACCUCGACAAAUGCUGCUGGGCCAUUACAACUGACGUUUUAUUUACCAGAGAAGCUUCCUUCUUAAAAGAUCAACUUAACGCUAUGGGAUUAUCCACCAUGGCUCUUUCCGCCAAUUCUACUCACAGCUACAUUAGGAUCAAGGAGGACACCUCACUGUCUGUUGAUGGCUACACAUUGACAAUGGAUCCUAAGGAGCAAGGAAUUCUUAUCUCAGCAUCAACUCAGGCAGGGGCGUUCUAUGGGAUCCAAUCACUAGUCAGUCUUGCUCUGCGAGGGGUCAAGGUUGGUGUUAUUUCUGCCGUCAAUGUCAAGGACAGUCCCAGAUAUCCCUAUCGUGGUCUCCUGUUAGAUGUUGCCAGCAACUUCUUUCCAAAAGGAACAGUAUUGAGGGUACUGGAUUUAAUGACGAUGUACAAAAUGAAUAAAUUACACUUUCAUCUGACCAACAAUGAGGCAUGGCGAAUUGAAGUCUCUGGACUUGAAGAGCUCACUCAGUUUGGUAGCCAACGCUGUUUCAAUCAAGUGUGGCUUCGAUGCCUCUACCCCAGUUUUGGAUCGGGCCCAACCAACAGGACAUCCGGAUUCUACAGCAAGCAAGAUUAUAAAGAUAUCCUGAAGUACGCUGCUGAUCGCCAUAUUGAAGUCAUACCAGAAAUCAGCCUUCCUGGAAACGCUCAUGCAGCCAUUCAAGCAAUAGCCAUCAGAAAGCAAAACAGAUUAGAUGUUGGCGACUUUAACACCUCUGAAGCAUUCAUGCUGACAAAUGUACCGUUUAAAGAAGAUGUACCAAUUGGAACCAACACUGUUAAUCCUAUGCUUACCUCAACGUUUGACUUCUUCUCUCUUGUGUUUGAAGAACUUUUCAAUAUGCAUCACAACAUAAACACACUAAAGACCAUGCAUUUUGGAGGCGGAGAACCAACGAUAAAUGCAUGGUCAGAUGCUUUUGAAGACCACCUGAUGAAUUCUCCCCGUGCUACCAGUCUUCAAAUCAAACUCGCAAAAGAGCUGUCCAAAAUAGUGGCUUCCAAAAACGUAACCUUGGCAGGAUUUGAAGAAGGCUUCAUGAGCAACAUAUUCGAUAUCAUCCCAAGACAGCAGCUGCCUGGACGAGUCAUGGCGUAUGCGUGGAAUGAUUUCUGGGCAGAUACAUCUGUACCUUCUUCUCAGGCAUAUUUACUGGCAAAUGAUGAUUAUGAGCUUGUGGUUGCCUCGUCAAAACAUCUUAACCUUGACGCACCUUACGAGCCCGACCCCGAAGAAAGAGGAGAAUACUGGGCCAGUAGGUACUCUGACACAAGGAAGGUGUUCGAGUUUAUGCCUGGGGAUAUCUACAGUAACAUACAUGCAUCAGGCAUGCAAGGUCAACUUUGGACAGAUGGAAUCAGAACAGAGGAACAGCUCUUCGAAAUGCUGCUACCAAGAAUGUUGGCUGUGGCUGAGAGGGCUUGGCAUGAAGCACCAUGGGAGUAUUUGAAAUACUCAGACGCAGACCGAGACAAUGACUGGCUACAGUUUUCUUCUAGCAUAGGUUUACAGGAAAUGAAAGUGCUUGACCGACUCAACUACACCUACCACCUACCACCCCCGGGGGCCAAACUGUCCGGAUCCCAACUGCGCAUCAACACAGCCUUCCCAGGUCUCUCAGUGGAGGCCAGCGUUGACGGGGGCAGUCAUGGAGCACCGUCAGCACGUCCUCUGGCCUGACGGUGGUGGAUGGACAAACCAUACUGCUCAGAACAAGGUCACCAUCAAAUCAACGUACAAGCAGGGUUAUCAAAUUGAAGAUAUCUGGAAUCAUGAUUGUGCCCCUGGUUGGAUAAUAUGAAGAUUAAACUGUGGGUGUAUAUCAGUAUUUUGCUUUGCAAAUUAAAGCCUGCUCUACUGCA